UCAAUACAACUAAGUUCCUAAAAAUGUGUGAUAAAAAAACCGGAUUGAUAUAUAUUAAAACAUUGUUUUCACUUACUCUGAUGGUAAUGGCGGGAUUUGAUAUAAUAUAUAUAAUAGCCCCUCAAGGUAAAAAAAUGUAUUUGAAAUAUUUUAUAUCAUAUAACAUUAUUCUGAUGGGUCCGAUUAAUAUAUUAGUAUUGAUAGUUUCAGUUUGGAUUAUUAAUGAACUGAAACGCCUAUGUGUAAUUAAUUUACUGUGUCUACCAGUAAAUCUGUCAGUAUUUAUCUACCUGAUUCUUAACUACCCCAAACUAAACAUAUUGGACUGGCAUGAUCAUCCUAAGUGGACAUAUUCAAGUGGUGUGAUUGCCUGGUCGGACAUCAAAUGGAUUUUACUUCUUUUUGGGAUUGGAUUUAUUCCAUUUGCGAUUGUGAUAUUCUAUAUCUGGAACAGACAUGAACUUCGUGAAAGAGGUUAUUUGGAUUAGUAAAAAUUUUCAAUAAGAAAUUUAAAAUUGUAUGUUAAUAAAAGUAAUUUCA